CACCCACCCCAGCAUCAUGGCUCAGUCCUCCGACAACCCAAUGGAACGAGAUCUAUGCAACAAUCUGCACGAUCGGCUCACUUUACUAGGCAUCAAGACCACCAACCAGUUCUUCGGGCGUGAUAACAGCGAAAUCAAGAACAAUUUAAAAUGGAUUCUCCAGUCGCUUGGCGCAAAAAUCAUUCUGGCAAAUUCUUAUGAUCAACAGCUUGCAAAUGCACUGUUGCAAAUUAAUCGUCAUUAUCAGAGCGAUUGCUUCGAACGUUUCAGGUCCCUUAUCACGUUCAUACUCGCCAAGGAAGCCCAAUCCAAUGAAGAAUUAUAUCAGUUCAUCAACCAAGAAUUCAACACCCCCUCAAGCCAUCGGUCAUUCACAUCGAACUCUGUGGAGACCUGCACCACAUUCGGCCUCGUGAAUUCCUCCAGCAACCUUCCCGACGUCUAUCCUUCGCUAAAACGGGAAUUGAACAAUUUAAUGUACAGGGAUGUUCCAGAUUUGGUGGAUUAUUUCAUCCGGCAACAUCACCCCAAUUCCGUCUCGCUCCUGCCAGAUCACAUUGAACUCGCCUCGCUCCUGCAACCUUACGAAAAUUGUAUUAAUCAAAAGUUCAAAGAACCAUUAAACGACACUUUGGAGGAUUCCGUGUUGAACUGGAUUGCACCGCUUCUAAAACAUAUCUCUGAUGAUCUGCAGCGGAAAAUAUCAGCUCCCCAGCAUUCUCGUACUUGGCGGUCCCUCCGUAACCAGUCUAUAAACGGCCUUGAUGCACAACGAAACCUGGAUGUUGAGCUCAAGAAGAAUGAAUCAGAUGCCCCAGACGCAGUUCGUUGCUUGGCGAGAUCCGUCUAUGAAGUCUUCAAUCAUCAACCCACCCGAAGCUUUGUCGUUGGCUUUACACUGUGCGGAACCUUGAUGCAGCUAUGGAAGUUUGAUAGGUCAGGAGCCAUUGGUUCUCAAUCAUUGGACAUCAAAGAGACCGAAGAAAAUUUUGAAAAGUUUCUUGCUCUCAUUAUCUUGUUUUUAACGACAAAUAAGCAGGUCCUUGGCUUUGAUCCAACUUUCUUUGAUAUUGAUGGGCAGACUUGUCCUCCAGCACCGCAAAAGAUACAAAUCAACACGCAGCCCGAUCCUCAAGAACUCGUCAUACACCGCCUCAUCUUCCGAGCAUCGGGAAUCUGCGGACGUGGGACGACCUGCUGGGAAGCACAUCUCCUUGGAGAUAACAAUCACAAAUUUCUCAUCAAAGAUUCAUGGCAACCCCUAGACCGGAUCCCAGAAGGCCAUAUGCUCUGCGACGUGACCGCAAGGUGCGUUCCUAAUGUGGCGCGAUAUCAUCAUCACGAAGACGUCCACGUGGACAGCAAGAUAGUCGACAUCAAAUCUUAUGUUCGCAAGGACUUGGAAUUUAUGAAUUGCAAGAAAAUUGAAACCUGUAGUCAAUCCGAUCAUGCUCAAGAGCCCAAAAAUCCAUUCAUCAAUCGGGUUCAUAGACGGCUAAUCCUCAAAGACGUGGGGAAACCCAUUUGGAAAGUCAAGACUCCGCUUCGUCUGUUAGAGGCCCUCGAGGGCUGUGUCAAAGGACACCAGGCCAUGUUAGACGCUGGCUAUCUUCACAGAGACGUUUCAAUCAACAAUCUCAUGAUUAACGAGGAGACAGACGAUCCGGCUCGAAAAUCCUUCCUGAUUGACCUAGAUGUGGCGAUUCCCUACCCUAUGGACCCAAAUGUUCAAGCCACCCAGGCAAGAAUCGGCACACAACUUUUCAUGUCAAUCAAUUUGCUUGCCCAAGAACACGAGCACACUUUUGUGGAUGAUCUGGAAUCCUUUUUUUGGGUUUUGGUAUGGAUUUGCAUCCAUUUUCCUGCCCAUCAAAGGAAAAAAUCUGAUAUAACACGAUGGAAUCAGAUGACCACAAAGGAGCUGAAAAGAGAGAAGUUUAGUUGUCUUGCUGACCCUCGCGACCUUACAGACGAAUUCACCACUCUCUUCGCAGAAUCGCAGCCUCUCAUCGCCUGUGUCCACACCUUUGCCGAAAUCAUGCGCAAUCCCCUUAAUGCCCACCCUGAAGAUCAGACGAACGACCAACAUUUCAAGGAAUCCAAACUUUAUCGACUCUAUCAUCUCAAUAGUUAUAUCGAGAUAGAAUUGCGAGAUCGCCUCAAAUCACUAUUUUCAGAGUCCCAUGGAGUUCUCGGCGAUUUCUUGAUUGAGGGCGAAACCUAUCCUUAUCUGAUCAAGAGUAUGGGUUCAACUUUGUAUUCAUUGAAGUGUUGGUCGUUCAACUUUGUAUUCAUUGAAGUGUUGGUCGUUUGUCUGGCCGUCAGGUUUGGGGGGUUUUUCUGGGAACCAGUUCAUUUCUCUGAGAUAAGGUUGAGAAUGGAAGCCGGAUCUUCGCCCAAGUGGGGUGGGUCGGCUAUGAGCAAUUCUGCUACAUUCUGGAGCAUGAGUCGUAGCUUAUAUAUGCCGAGUCUCUUGCGAUUGGACCGAGGGCUUGCCGGUGACGCCGGUCGCCGUGCAUACAUCAAAGAAUUCCCUGGCCGCGCCUCGCUCGGCCCUGGGGCAAUUUUGCAGCCGCGUUCCCGCGUGGAGCCCGCCCUUGACAGGCCUCUUGGGGGCAUUUUCACCUAA